AUGGACACUCCUCAUUCUCCUUCUUCUUGUUCCUCUUCUUCCUCCUCCUCCUAUUCAUGGGAAGGACACGCUGCCGACACAAUCACUUUAGAGCCAGAAGAGCCGCAAACGCCGAUAGCCGUCCGGCGCGCUCUCCAGCUUUUGAAAUCCGGCUUACCGGAGUUACGGCUCCAAGCCGCUCGCGACAUCCGGAAACUCACGAAAACCUCCCAGCGGUGUCGGCGUCAGCUCUCUGAAUCUGUCGGUCCACUCGUUUCUAUGCUCCGAGUCGACUCGGCCGAGUCGCAUGAACCCGCGCUUCUCGCUUUGCUUAAUCUCGCCGUCAAAGAUGAAAAGAAUAAAAUCAAAAUUGUGGAGGCCGGAGCAUUAGAACCAAUACUUAGUUUCCUCAAGUCACAAAAUCCAAAUCUUCAAGCAUCUGCAACCGCGGCUUUGCUCACACUAUCUGCCUCUUCAACCAACAAACCAUUUAUUAGUGCUUCUGGUGCUAUUCCCCUUCUUGUGGAGAUUCUUAGAGACGGGAGCCCACAGGCGAAAGCUGAUGCAGUAAUGGCUCUCUCUAAUUUAUCAACAUACCCUAAUAAUCUUAGCAUUAUUCUUGAAACAAAUCCAAUCCCUUACAUAGUUGAUAUCCUCAAAACUUGCAAAAAGUCCUCAAAAACAGCUGAAAAAUGCUGUGCUUUGAUAGAACCUUUAGUGGAUUAUGAUCAAUGCAGAACUGUCUUGACAUCUGAAGAAGGUGGGAUUCUUGCAGUUGUGGAGGUUCUCGAAAACGGCACUCUCCAAAGUAGGGAGCAUGCCGUUGGAACACUAUUGACACUGUGCCAGAGCGAUCGAUGUAAAUACAGGGAACCGAUUCUUAGAGAAGGUGUCAUUCCAGGACUACUUGAGCUCACUGUUCAAGGAACACCUAAGUCUCAGAUUAAAGCGCGUACCCUUUUGCAACUACUAAGAGAAUCUCCUUAUCCAAGAACUGAAAUUCAACCCGACACUCUUGAGAAUAUAGUAUGCAACAUCAUAUCUCAGAUUGACGGGGAUGAUCAAUCUGGUAAAGCAAAGAAGAUGCUGGCUGAGAUGGUGCAAGUCAGCAUGGAACAGAGUCUGCGACAUUUACAGCAAAGGGCACUUGUGUGCACCCCAAGUGAUCUCCCCAUAGCUGGCGCUUCCGAAGUUUCUUUUAAGUAA